UAAUUAGUAACAGUAAUGUAUAGUUACCUACCAAUGGGACGAAUUAAAUAAGUAGGAUUUUCAAAACCAACCAUUCCACUUAUUGACUUACGUUAUGCUUUAUAGUGGAUUCUUGAUUGUACAGUUUGAAAUUAACAGAAUUUUUUCCUAGUAUAAAAAUAGCAUGUUAGUAUUGCUCUAAGUGUACCACAACAAAAGUUCAUAAAAACAUCGAAAUUUAUUCGAAACUGUUGAAGAGUAUAUAGCAAAGUAAUAAAUCAAGGAGAAAAUGGGUGGCAGUGAAGCUGGAGAUGAUUCAAAGCCAAAGGGGAACAGAGGAAUUUCUUUUCUUGAUUUUAUUAUGAGAAUUGUUGCCAUUUUAGGUACCUUAGGAAGUGCAAUUGCCAUGGGAACAACUAAUGAAACCCUUCCCUCCUUCGAACAGUUCAUUAGGUUUAAGGCUGAGUACAAGAACCUUCCUACUUUCACGUUCUUUGUGGUAGCAAAUGGCAUCGUUAGCGCGUACCUCGCUGUAUCUCUUGUCCUAUCCAUCUUGCACAUUGUGAUGAGUGGUGCAAGAAUAACAAGGGUGGUGUUGAUCUUCUUUGAUACGGUGAUGAUGGCAUUUUUAACAUCUGGAGCAUCAGCAGCAGCAGCCAUAGUGUAUUUGGCACACAAGGGAAAUGCUAGUGCUAAUUGGAUUGCUAUUUGCCAGCAGUACAACUCUUUCUGCGAUCGUGCAUCUGGCUCUUUGGUUGGAUCCUUCAUUGGAGUUCUUGUGUUUUUGCUGAUCAUCAUAUUGUCUGCUCUGGCCCUUUCAAGAAACUGAUUAUUGAUCACUUCCUGCGCAAAGAAAGGACGCGCAAUUUCAUCAUUUGAUAUUGUGUUUUAUUCCAAGAAAUUUUUGAAUGAUUCUUGUCAUUUAUUCCUUCAAGAUGUUAUUAAAUCUGUUUGUUUUAGUGAUUCUUCCUCUCAAUCAAUAAAAUUGAUGUUGCAUUUGUUCUGUUAUUACUUGACAAUUGUCUUCCUGCUGAAAAUCGACAAGUACACCAAGUUUCUGUAUAAAGCUUAGGACCAUAUAUAUACCAAGCUAUGAAUUUUAUUUGGAGCUGCAACAUGCAAGUCCUAAAAUACCUGACACAGCCCCUAGCCAUCACAAAAAUAUAGAAGGAAAUAUAAAUUAAUGUCGUAUGCACCAACGAAGACUACAACAAAAUGUCUAAAUGAGGCAUACAAUGACCACAAAUCCUCAAUGAACUGCUGAUAGAAACAAUC